CCGUGUCAGGAUCGCAAUCUCCGCAGUUAAAGCCCCAGCCAGCGCCACUCCAUCUCCAGUCCAGUCCAGUCCACACGCCCCCAUCGCGCGGCUGUACGCACUGCACACGCGCAGCCCGGCGCUACCCGCGUGCUGCUGUCGCCUCGCCUGUCGGUGCUCCUCCGCUUCCUCCCGCGCCGCUCGCCGCCGGCCGGCCGGCGCAAUGGUGGACCCGCGGCAGGUGCUGGCGGGGUUCCUCACCCUCUCCAUGUUCGUCAUGCUCGGCAACAUGAUCAAGCACGACCACUUCACCUCCGUCUCCGAGCUGGCCGUGGAGGCAACAGGCGUGGAGCUCAAUGCGAUGAAGAUCGCAGACAAUACUGAAAUUACCAAGGCUGGAGUGGAGCUCGAGGCUACUGAGGAGAUUAAGCCCUGCUGGACCAAACCAAGCCCAAAGGAUGACCAGUCUAACGGUUUUGUUACCAUGUCAUUGACUAUUGGCCCCGAAUACCAUUCAUCACAGAUCGCUGAUGCUGUAGUGAUUGCAAGGUAUCUGGGAGCUACACUUGUACUUCCAGAAAUCAGAGGAAAUGAAUUAGGAAAGAGUCGAAAAUUCCAAGACAUGUACGAUGUGGAAAAAUUCAAGAUGAACUUGGAUGGUGUUGUCAAAGUUGUAGAUAAACUUCCUGCUGAAUGGACCACUAAGAAGCCAGCAGUCAUUAGAGUACCAAACCGGGUGACAGAAGACUUCAUCCUGGACACCAUCCAGCCCGCCUUCCAAAAGAACAGUUACCUACGACUUGCAAUUAUUUUCUCUUCAGUAAGUUUGAAACCGAAAGGGACAAAUAACAAGGACUUGGAUUCAACUGCUUGCCAUGCAAUGUUCACUGGGCUCAAACUGAACGCCGAAUAUUCAGAAGUGGCUGAACAGAUGCUGGGCAGGCUUAAAGAGCUAAGCCAGAAAUCAGAUGGCAGGGUGUUGGCGGUUGAUACGCGGACCGACUUGCUAGAGAAGAAGACCUGUAAAACAAGCGCGGGUGCAAGAAGGAAAGGCUGUUACAAUCCUCAGGAGGUUCUGAAUUUCCUGAAGAAGGUCGGCUUCUCUGCUAAUACAACCAUCUACUUGACAGAGACAUGGUGGCACAAAGGCCUGAAUAAUCUUAAGAAGGCAUUCCCAAACACUUAUACCAAGGACGACAUAAUGCCGGCUGAGAAGAAAGGUGAGUUCCUGAACUCUGGCGAUUCAGACCUAGCAAGGGCCCUGGACCUCGAGAUCUGCUCGCAGAGCGACGUGUUCGUCCCUGCCAUCCCCGGCAUGUUCUACGGAAACGUGGCCGGUAAGAGGAUCGCGUCAGGCCUGACCCAGAUCCUUGUCCCGGCUCCGGUGGUGGGCGGUUCGGCGCAGGCCUCAGACUUCGUCUCCACAUACAUCACCAAGAAGAGCCACUUCGCCUACUCAUGCUACUGCUAGUGCCGCUUAGAGUGUUUGUUGUCAUUAUUAAUAAGAUGAACUGGAGUGAGCUGCUUGGCCAUGCUUUGGGUAGAUAUGCAAGUGCUGUUGUUGUAUUACUAAUUUAGGUUUUGUUGUGAGAAGCACAAUAUUAGAAUGUUGUCUGGGAACAAACACCACAGACAGAGGAUUGCAGUGUGCUACAGAGUGGACAAUGAGAGUCUCUAGGCAUGGCAUGCGAAAAGAGUGUGCCUCAUGUACCAAGUUGUAUGCUUAAUCAUCCUAUAUCAGCUCACCAGUUCCGGCAGAAAUUGGCUCUGAAGUUUUUGUUCUCUGAAAGCUGAAUAAAACUGUUGCUUAUUGA